AUGGUAUACAUUAAUGAUUGGAACGAAUAUCAACAGGCAGUAGAGCAGCUUUAUUUAGAUUCACCAAAAGAGACUCGAUAUGUAACAAGCUGGAAGCACUCACAAGGAAAAUUGGUUCUUAAAGUCACUGAUAAUUUCAAAGCACUCAAAUAUAAAACAGAUCAAGCAGCAGAUUUAAAAAGAUUUGAACGUUUGAAUCGAUCAUUAAUGUUGAAAAUGUUGAAUCGAAGUGAGCCAAGCGAAGGUGAAGCACCAACGUCAUCGACGCCAGCAUCACUCUCACAACAUUCACAUACUCCAGAACAAGCCAAUCCAACAUCAACAAUAGCUAGCGCUGCUGAAUCACCUGCUAGUACAACUACAACAGGACGAGCCCAACCUUCUUCAAAAAAGAAAGGGAAAAAAGGACGGUGA